AUGGCCCCUGGACGCCUGAUCUUGCAAGAUCUGCCUAAGAUUAUUUCCGGCGUGGAAAAGGAGGGCAUAGAGAAAAUCUCGUACAGCUUCCUUGACCCCCAACCUAUCAAAAGUACGCAAACGGCCGAGGAUUAUAACAUAGAAGCAAAACCCAUGCUGAUAAGGAUAGAUGCCCGUGCCUAUUGCUUCCGAGCUAUUUUUCAUGAUUGGCCCGACCGGAUAUGCCAGAAAAUUCUUUUGAACACAGUUUCCGCAAUGAAACCGGGAUACUCCCGUGUCAUCAUUGUUGACUUUGUUCUGCCGGACACGAAUGUCCCUCGCAUGCAGGCUGCGAUGGACAUUCAAAUGAUGAGUAUUGGUGCCGGAGUUGAGCGUUCUGAGCAACAAUGGAGAGAGCUUUUGCUCAAUGCUGGGCUCAAAAUUAUCGGAAUUUGGAACGUUAGUCCGAACAUGGAAUCAGUCAUUGAAGCUGUUCUGGCUAUGGAGAGUGAGUGA